AUGAUAUCAUCGGAUUCUUCUUCGAAGGGUGAAUUUAUUUACUGUUCGUGUGGGUCUUUGGCACAACUCCGAACCACCAAGAACGGAGUCAAUGCAGGAAAAGAAUAUUGGAGUUGUGCUCGAGAUUUCAAGGAUCCACAACGAUGUAAAUUCUUCAUGUGGAAUCCUAACAACAACAACAACUCUUCCUUUUCACUUCGAUCCUCUUCAUCAAUGAAUCAUUCUUCAAACUCUAAUACCUUUCAAACAAGCAAAGCCUUCACUAUUACUACGACUUCCGAUCGUCUUUCAACCAAAAAUCCUUCAAACUCUUCAUCCAAUUCAUCCAACGACGUCCAAAUUGUUGGUGACGAUGUCAUCAGUGCUCCGUUAUGUCCCAAACAUCAAAUUGCAUGCAUACAAAGAAGAGUGGUCAAGGAAGGACCAACCAAAGGUCGAUUGUUUUGGACAUGUACAGCAGCACAAAAUUGUCAUUUUGAAUGGUGCCGUGAAGGAACAAAACCAGCUUUAUAUUUGGACAAUCCAUCAUCAUCGUGGAGAGGUGGUGGUGGUGGUGGUGGUGGUGCUUUUACUUCAACAAUGAUAGAAUCUAACAUCAAGUUAGGUCCUCCCUAUUUGAUCAAUUUUCAACUCGUUGGAAGUAAUAUUUUACAACAAGCAAACAAACAACUCAAAGAUCGACAUGAAACACUUUCUAUUCAAAAAGACAAUUACGAUUGCAUUUUAUUGACCUUUCCUAGAAUAGGAACAAUUACCAACAAAUUGAUAAAAUCUCUCAAUGACUUGUUUGAUAAGAAAAUUACAAAAUUUAAUGAUUUGGAAUUUAUCAUUCCACUCACUGAACAUGCAACUCUAAAGAAAUUCUUGUUAGAAACUCGAGUAGAAGGUGCUCAUAUAAUUAUUUCUGAUUUUCCUGAAGGUACAAAAAUAAUUUUGAAUCAUUAUCCAGCCAUUGAUUUAUCCAAUGUCGAUGCACUUUGUGAAGAAUUAAAUUUUAAAGACAAGUUUCCAAAAUAUGUCUAUUCAAAAUUAAGACCAUUUCAAAAACAAGGAAUUGCAUUUGCAGUGAAACGAGAUGGUAAAGUACUCUUUGGUGAUGAAAUGGGAGUAGGAAAGACUCUGCAAGGAUUCUCAACCAUGUAUUACUUUAAACAAGAUUGGCCACUUUUAAUCAUUUGUCCUUCAUCAUUGAAACACAAUUGGGGAAAAGAAAUUGAAGAUUGGUUUAUUACAGGUGAAAAGGGUCAUUCAGAUAUUACAACUGAAAAUAUCAAAAUUAUUGAAAAUGGAAAACAAAUACCAGAUGGAUAUAUUAAUAUUAUUUCCUAUACAAUAGCUACCAAUAUGUUAGCAGAGAAUCCACAAGAUGAACAUGCAGAUGGUGCCAUUUUGAAUGGAGUGAAAUUCAAAUGUGUGAUUUGUGAUGAAAGUCAUUCUCUUAAAAACACCAGCACCAAAAGAAGUCAAAAAAUAGUUCCUUUUUUACAGAAAGUCGAACGUCUUGUCAUGAUCACUGGUACACCUGCAUUGAGUCGACCAAAAGAACUCUUUCCUCAACUCUCUCUCUUAUUGGAUCGAGAAUUUAGAUUUACAAAAACAGCCUUCACCACUCGAUAUUGUGAUGCCAAAGAAACUCUUCAUUAUGUCGAUGAUAAUGGAAGUUCCAAUGUGAUGGAAUUAAAUUAUUUAUUGAGUCGAACGGUCAUGAUUCGAAGAAGAAAAGAAACCGUUCUCUCUGAAUUACCACCAAAACAAAGACAACAAGUUCUAUUAACCAUUUCACCCAAUGACUUGAAACGAAUUAAAUACUCAGCUGAAAAGAUGAAGAAUGCCAUUGAAAAGAUGAAACAUGCCAUGACCAAACAAGAUCAUUUUCAACAUAAUUUUGAUAAGAAUUCUGAAAUAUUUCGAAUGUAUAACAUGACUGGAGUUGCUAAAUUACCAGCUGUUAAGGAAUAUAUUGCAGAUAUGAUUGAAAAUACUGGAGAUUUGAAAUUUCUUGUAUUUGCUUAUCAUACUGAAGUAUUGGAUGGUGUUGAAGAAUGUGUGGCAAAGGAACUUGCCAAGUUUUAUCAAUUGAAAUUUAAAGAAUCAGAACUUGAAAAGAAGAUGAGAGGUGAUUAUUACAUUCGAAUUGAUGGUUCUACAGAUUCCAAUCGAAGACAAUCUCUAGUCACCAAUUUCAAACAAAAUGGACAUUGUCGGGUGGCCAUUCUCUCGAUUAAAGCUGCUGGUGUUGGUUAUACCAUGACUCCAUGCAGUACUGUUUUAUUUGCAGAAUUAUAUUGGACUCCAAGUGAUUUGAGACAAGCAGAAGAUCGUGUGCAUCGUAUUGGUCAAAAAGAUUCUGUUCAUAUCAAGUAUUUAUUAGGAAAGGGUACUUUUGAUGAAUACAUGUGGCCCAUGCUUCAAAGAAAGUUAGAUGUGGUUGGAAAGUCCGUGGAUGGAGAAUCACAUGUCGAUGAAAAUGUACAACAAGUGGAAUUUGAAAGAAGAAGAACACUACCACGAUGUUGUACUCGUAAUGAUUCAAUCAUGAUGGAUGAAGAGAAUGAUGAUGAAGAGAAUGACGAAGAGGACAACAUGUAUGAAGAAGAAGAACACUUGGCAGAAAUGUAUGAACAUUUUGAAGAAGAAGGAAAAUCCAAGUCAUCUCGAAGGUCAAAAGUCAUGAUUCGUGAUGACAAUGAAGAGGAUGAUGAAGAGAAGGAUCCAUUAACCACAUCAAUGGAUGAAGAGAAGGGCGACUUGGAAUUCAUUGACCACCACCACCACCACCACUCGUACCACCACCACAAGAAUAACUCUUCAAAAAACAAUUCUCUUCAAAAAGAGGGUCUUAUACGAACGACUCGUAAAAACCUUAAUCCUACGAUCCACAAUGAAACCAACAACAAGAACACCACCAUGAAUAAUGAUCUCACGAGUAGUAGUAGUAGUAGUAGUAGUAGUAAUAUUGCUAUUCGUCGUACUACUAGGAGUAGUAAUAAUAACCCUACGACGAAUAGUAGUAGUAGCAGCAGUAAUAGUAGUAGUAGUAGUAGUAGUAAUAUUGCUAGUAGUAGUAAUAAUAAUAACAAUAAUACGAGUAUGUGUAUGGACAUGAUGACAAUCAACAACAAGGAACGCAAAUGUGGUCUUGACAUUCUUCGACAAUUGAUGCAUCUUCCAAAGAAUGGUGAAUCGUUACCUCCCAAUGUUCGAGAUGCCAUGAAGUUAGAGGAAUUAACAGAAGAACACCAUUCACGUGAAGAUGGAAAAACAGCUCUUCUCAAAACACUCUCCUCACUGAGCUCAGUUGAGACCAAAACUUGUAAAACGUUUAAUCGUUCCUUUCGAGAUGAUGAUGAGAAAGAAGAAGAAGAGGAGAAGGAUGACUUGUCUCUCGAAAAGAAAUCCAUCAUGUUGUUGAAAAAACGAAAUCGAUCUCUCUUGUCGAGUGAUUCGACAGAGGAGGAAGUGUCUUCUCAAACAACAACAACAACAACAACAACAACAACAACAUUCACACAACACCGUUCUUCCUUAUUACCACAAACUCCAACCAAGAAACAAUCACCAAUCAUGAAAACAAGUCCAUUCUUUAAGAAUCCAACAAGCUCUCAACAUGUGGUCACUCAACCAAGUGAUGAGGAAAGUCAUGAUGAUUUAGUCAAUCCUGAUAAGAUGAUCCAAAAAACAGAAGAGAAUGUAUGCAAGAACCACAAAUCCACACCAUCAUCGACACCAUCACACAUUCUGAAUGACUCAUCUCUCUCGAAAUUCACAAAUGCUUUCAAGAGAACAACCUCUAUUUCUACUACUACUAGUAGUUGUAGUACUACUACUACUUCUGAUCCAUCCAUGUUGAUGAUGACCACAUUUUCGAAAAGAGAAACAUCAAAUACCAAUCACCUCUCAACAACAACUCCUCCUCAGAGUCGGCCAUCACCUCGUUUGUUAAUGAAUAGUCCUCCCACAACAACAACAACCACACCAAACUCUAAAACAUUCACACCACCACCUCCUCCUCUUCCACAAUGUGUUGUUGCACAUUCAACAACAACAACCUCUUCCAUUCCUUCCAUACCAAGUCCAGUUGGAAAUAGCUCUACAAAAUCAUCACCCAGUGCUUCCUCAAACUUGGCACAACUGUUUGAAAAGUAUUCAUUCAAGAGAGAAGUAACAACAACAACUGGUGCGUCCUACUCUCACUCGACACCCAGCAAGGCACCAAUGUCUCUUCAAGUCAACAACAUGAGAACAAGCACUUCCUCACAACAAACCAAACAACAAGUGCCACUGGUGGUUACACCUCCCAUCAGAACACACACCACUCCCAAUAAGAUAACGAACUUAACUUCACCUCGCACGACCAUCCACUCCCUAAGCAGCAGUGCUCCAGAAUCAUCCCGUACGAAUCAGGAAAAUCAAUUAGAACCUGAAACAAAGAAGAUCAAAACGGAAUCUCACACCCGUCAAGAAGCGCCCUUACUUGAUGACGAUUUUAUUCUUGAUGAUGAGAUACUUCCAGAUAUGAUCUAA